AUGACAAGUCAAAAUUAUUAGUUCUUUGAAGAACAUUACAUAUUAAAAAAAAACAGAUUAAACAAUUAACUUGCUCUUAUCUUGCUCUUAUAUUGCAUCAGUAUGUUCUUGCUCGUUUAAUCUGAACAUUUCCUAAUAUUGAAAAUACAACUCGCAAUAUUGUGUGAAAUUCUGUAGAUUCGACGAUGACGUUUAUAGUUUAAAUAUACAUUUAUGUAACUAGAGUUGAACAAUGCACAUUCAUAUCUAUGCAAGGUAAUUUUGAGAAUAAAAGAUUACUUCAGAAAAUAAUUUUGAAACAUGAAUUUUUAUAACUUAACGGAGACAUCUAUAGUAUGAUUCGAAAGACUGAUAUGAAAGGAAUUUGAUAGAGGAUUUUACAGGUUUGAAAAGAUAAAGUUAGGCUAGGAGUUAAGUUGUAUAAACAUAUUUUUUUCUGUUGCUGUAUAAUAUUUUGUGAAAACAAAAAUGACAGAGAGUUCUGACGAGGGACUGAACAGCGGAGAUGGUCCCGAAGAAUCUUCAUGGAUAUUGUACAAGGAUCGCAAAGAAUGGAGUGACGUGAUUCCUAUACCACAGGAUGACGGUCCUCAUCCUAUUGUUGCAAUUGCUUAUUCUGAAAAAUUUAAAGACUGCUAUGACUACUUCCGAGCUGUUUUAAAGUCUGGCGAAAAAUCUGAGCGUGCAUUAGCUUUAACGGAAGACUGUAUUGGGCUUAAUCCAGCAAAUUAUACAGUAUGGAAAUAUAGAAGAGACAUACUUAAAGUCCUUGGAAAAGACUUACACGAAGAAUUAAAGUACGAUAAUAAAGUAAUAGAAAUCAAUUCAAAAAACUAUCAAGUUUGGCAUCAUAGAAAAGUAAUCGUCGAAUGGCUUCAAGAUGCCAGCGAAGAAUUAAAGUUUACUGAAUAUAUUUUAAAAAAGGAUGAAAAGAAUUAUCAUGCCUGGCAAUAUCGUCAGUGGUGUAUACAGACAUUUAACAUGUUCGACAAUGAAUUGGAAUAUGUAGAACAAUUAUUGGAAGAAAAUAUUCGUAACAACUCUGCUUGGAAUCAACGGUAUUUUGUAAUAAGUAACACAACAAAAUUUGAGCAACAUAUAGUUGAUAGAGAAAUUGAUUUUGCUUUGAAAAAAAUAGACAUAGUAAAAGGAAAUGAAAGCGCUUGGAAUUAUCUUCAAGGUAUUUUAAUGCAUGACAGCAGUGGUUUGAGUUAUAAUGAAAAAGUAAGGCGGAAAUGUGAGGAGCUUUAUGCAGCAGGCUACCGUACCAAUCAUUUACUAGCGUGUAUUAUAGACAUCUGUCAAGAGAGACCAACAAGAGAUGAACCACCAGAUUCGAUAUUUCAUAUUAAUCAUGCUCUCAAGCUGUGUAAAGAAUUGUCUGAAAAACACGAUACGAUAAGAAGAAGGUACUGGGAUUUUAUUGGUCAACAAUUACUGGAAAAAUUAAAGCUAGAAUCUUAAUAAGUUCUUUAAAAGUAUUUAGAUUACUUUACAUUUUUAUAGUAUACUCUUGAUUGAUAUGUUGUAAUCUUUAUACUUGGAAGGAACUGUGUAUCAUAUAUUUAUAUGUUGAAAUAACAAUGAAUGUAUCAAUAUAAAAUAUAUUGUUCAUAAAAUUUGAUAAUGCAUUUUAACUAAUAUUAUUGAUUAACCCUAUCGCUGCCACCUAUUAAAAAUGGCGGUAUAUCAAAAUUUAAAUAGUUUCUUUAUUUUAAUAACUCCAUUUUGAAAUUUGAUGAAGGUGGCACUUGAUGGUGUCGUUAUCGCCAGAUCAUAUUAAAAACUUUUGAAAUAUAUAAAUUAAUAAAACUAACUUUGAAGAAUUGAUUUAAAAUGAAUUUUUAAAUAUUUAACAAGAAAAGAAAUUAACAAUUAAAAGAAUAUUAAUAGCCUCAAUAUAAAGAAAUCGAUGAAUUUAAAUAUUUAAAAAAUUGGGGACAUUCAAAAUAUAUGUAUAGAGAUUAAAAAUUGUCCAAUUUACAAAUUUCCAAGUUAAAUGUAACAAAGAAACGGGUGGCAGCGAGCGAGUUAAAGAAAUCAUCUUGAGAUAGUUAUUAGUAAUUGAAAAAUUUUCAUAAAAAAUGAUUAUAUAUAAGAAAUUCGUAAUACUGUAUACAAUAUUUUUAAGUACAAUAAGAAAUUGAAUAAGUUGUAUAAAUGUGGACGAGGAAAAUAAAAUCUUAAUAACUUUUA